CAGAUGAAAAAGAAAUGAAGGAAAAGAAAGGCUGAUAAAAUUGCUGGCUGCAGUUCAACAGGCAUAUCAAUGCCAUAUGAUCUGCAGUUGUGGGUGUCAGCCUGCACUCUGUUCAUUUUACAGUGCUCGGCUUUUUUUUAAAGUGUACUGUGGAACAGAAGCAGGAGGGUUUUACAGCUGACUGACAGUCCCAGAACUUUCACCUACCCCCUCCUCCUUUGCACACCUGCAAAGUCUUUGCUGGGCUGAAUGCAUUAUUUAGAGUAAUUACAAUUCAGCUUGAGAGCUCUUCGUGCAAAUCCCUGGACUAAAAGGUUUACACCAAACAGAAACAUUGAAUCAUGAGAGCGGCUGUGUUCAUUAUACUACUUCUUCCGGUUUGCUGGACCAAACCAUUUCAGCAGUUGGGCUUCCUAGAUUUUAUGAUGGAAGAUGAAGGAGUUGAAGGCUCUGGUACAGUUCCUCCUCUUCUAGAGGUAACACCAAGACCAGGACGUCCAGGACGUCCAGGACAACCAGUAACACCAGUAAUACCAACACCACCACCAUGUCCUUUUGGUUGUCGGUGUCAUCUUCGUGUUAUUCAGUGCUCAGAUUUAGGGUUAAAGGAGGUACCAGACAAAAUUCCUGUUGAUACUACUUUGCUAGACCUGCAGAACAACAAGAUCGGAAAGAUUAAAGAGAAUGACUUCAAAAACAUGAAAUUUGUGCAGAUACUUAUACUGGUAAACAACAAAAUCACCACCAUCGAUCCAAAGGCUUUUGCUGGGCUGGUCAGUCUUCAGAGGCUUCAUUUGUCAAAGAAUCUUCUUAAAUCAGUACCACAGAAUAUGCCAAAAUCACUCCAGGAACUUCGUCUUCAUGAAAAUGAGAUUGCUGAAGUAAAAAAAUCAGCUUUUGAUGGAUUAUCUAACCUAAUUGUGAUUGAACUUGGCACAAAUCCUUUUAAGAAUUCGGGAAUUGAAAAAGCUGCUUUCCAAGGACUGAAGAAAUUAUCUUAUAUUCGAAUUGCUGACACUAACAUCACUACUAUACCUCAAGGCCUCCCUAGUUCUCUGUCUGAACUUCAUCUGGAUGGCAAUAGCAUCACCCGAGUCGAUGCGGACAGUCUCAAAGGCCUCAACAACCUGGCUAAAUUGGGCCUCAGCUAUAACAAAAUAACUACUGUUGAAAAUGGUUCUCUUGCUAAUGUUCCUCAUCUUCGGGAACUUCAUCUAGACCACAAUGUUCUGACUAAGAUUCCAGCAGGUCUGCAGGACCAUAAAUAUAUCCAGGUUGUUUACCUUCAUAACAAUAAGAUAGCAGCAAUUGAUACAAAUGACUUUUGCCCUCCUGGAUUCAAUACCAAGAAAGCAUCCUAUUCCGGCAUUAGCCUCUUCAGUAAUCCUGUACAGUACUGGGAAGUUCCACCUUCUGCUUUCCGCUGCAUUUUUAAUCGUGGAGCAGUUCACCUUGGAAAUUAUAAGUAAAAUCACAAGUGAAAUGUACCUAAAUGUGCACAGAACACUACAAAUUGAAUUAAAAAAUUAUCAUUAAUUAUUGCUCUUAUCAGUAAAAGAAAGAAACCUCAACAUUCUGACUAAACGUCAAGAAUUAAAAGAGCAUUUCCUUUAUUCAGAAAACACAGUAAAAUAUUACACAGGUAUGUAUCACCUGAUGUCCUACAUUCUUAAUGUCUUUAGUCUUAAUUACUUCUUACUCUUACCUGACAUUUCUUACACACGUGGUAUUUUAAUGAACAGAGAUUAAAAAUUUCAUUCAUAAUGCACAUCAGAUUCUACUUAAAAUACUUUGUGUCAAAAUGAUUGAGGAGUUUUAAUGAAUAAUACAAAAUUAAAUGUUAAUGACUAAUACAAAAAUUAAAUGAUGGUCCAUACUUGAGAAACUUUUAUAUUAGCUCAGAUUCAUUGAGCUGAAAUGGCCUGGCUAUGUUAUUAACAGUAUAAACUAGGGAUGCAUGUACAGAAACUGCAUAAAACAAUAGCAUAAAUUAAAUUGUCAUGGUUCUGAGAUGAGUCUAUGCUGUCUUAUCUUGGUGAUUCAUAUUACAUGGCCACCAUGCUACAUUGGAUAUUGCUACUGUAGAUCUAUAAGUAGAAUUUUUUCAUGCAAAAAGUUACAGGAAUGAAGAACUUGCUGUUGGUCUUCAAUAUUUCAACAAGUGUCUUAAUUUCAGAUGUUCCUAACAUUGUCUCUGUUUCAUUGCUUACAUUUUAGAAGCUGUUUCCUGCACAUAUCUUUUUUACAAAGGUUAUGGGUUUGGUAAAUAAAGCAGUACUUUGAGGCAUUUAUGUCUUUGAUACAUUUUCUGCUGUUUGUGUUCCUGUUUCUAAUGUUCAGCAAAAUAUAAUAUAUCACAUACAUUUCAGAAUCUACUCACAAUAUUAAGCAAAGGCCACAUUUUGUAGCAAUUCAUUUAUAACACUUUGAAAGGUUAUAGUUGCAUUUUUUUUACAUCUAAGAGGGAAAAAACACUGUGCAUAAUUUCUAAAUGUUAACAAAAUGCAAAAAUUGAAAGUUUAAAACAUUCUGCAGUAGAUAUUGCAGUUUUACUGUGCAGCUUCCAUUGAGCAGUGUAGAAGCCAUUUUAUUUUCCUUCAACAUUAUAAAUUGUGUAAGCUGUUAAACAGCAGUGAGAAUUUAAGAGUUAUAAAUCUGUAGCAUUAUUUCUGCUAAAUAAAUAAGGAUCUGUCAUGUG